AUGCCGCUGAUAAUCUACAAAGUUGCUCACGAUUUGUGUAACAGAGAUCACAAUUCCAGAGGCGCUUCUUCUCUGUUGAAGGAUAGUAUCCCAAUUACUGAAUUUUCAGCUUCAGGACCAUUUGAAGGUCAUGAUCUUCUGCGUAGAGGCUUUACAAGUGUGAAAAAUGAAUUGAUGCCCAGUCACCCAUUGGAGUUAUCAGAAAAAAAUUUCCAGUUAAAUCAAGAUAAAACAAACUUUGCCACACUGAGAAAUAUUCAAGGGCUCUAUGCACCUUUAAAGCUGCAGAUGGAAUUCAGAGCGGUGAAACAGGUCCAGCGUCUCCCAUUUCUUCACAGCUCAAACAUAGCACUGGAUACUCUGAGGGGAAAUGAUGAAUGCAUCGGUUUUGAGGAUAUCCUUAAUGAUCCUUCACAGAGUGAGGUUAUGGGAGAGCCACACAUGAUGAUGGAAUACAAGCUUGGUUUAUUGUAACAAAAUGUACUUCACAAAAAUGUUUUGUGCGUGUCUUUAUACUGCAGAUUCAAAUACACGAUACUAAAUUGACACUGUGUUAAGCAGUCCUACAGUUAUCAUUUGCCUUCCUUGAUGAAAAGGCACAUUAAAUGUUUAAAGUCUAUAAGUUGUUCUGUGCUUGUUGUCAAUUAUAUAAAUGUCCUGUAACUAGGUAGUUUAAAUAAUGUCUCUUCAUACACUGCUCAGGAUAAUAGCUUCUUAACUAUGGAAAUACUAUAUAUGUAUACAAGAAAUCCAAAAAUACUCAUGCAUUUUAAAACUGAUUACUGUAGGUAAAUGCAUUUAAUAGAUGUUCUUGCAGAAGAACUUUUUAAGGGGGAAAAGAAGGUCUUUUCCAUUGAGUAACUCUGUUCAUGAAAAUUUCCAUACACUUUUUAAACUAUUGAAUAAAAGUUUGCUAUAAA